AUGGACUCAAACUGGAUUUUUAGGUUUAACAAAACCGCUGACCAACAUCACACGCUUCAAAUCAGGAGGAUGGGCUUCGACUUUAAGCUAUGUAAAUUGUCAGUAAGUGAUAGUAGUAAAAUGCUGGUACUGAAGAGUUACUGUAAAGAAAAUUUUGGGAUUGUAAAUGUAUAUGAGACUAAUGGUGAGUUUGUUUGCAGUUUUGGAGAACAAAUCUUGAGGAGCCCGUACGACAUCACUACUGUAAGUGACGGCAGAGUUAUGGUGAUGCAAGGAUGCGCUCCGUCACGUGUUCACAUAUUCAGCGAACAAGGUGAUUAUAUAAACAAGUUCAAUUUGCCAAUGUCUACGACCUAUCCAAAAAUUGCUUUUCACAAGGAAAGUCAACAAGUCAUUGUGGCCGCUCUUAAGGAAUAUAAUUCAGACCUCCUGACUAAACUAAUAUGCACCAAAGAUGGUGAGUUUGUGCAAAGUACUGUUAUCCCUAUGGAAGAGUCCGUUAUUCUGGAUGGGAUUGCAGUGACCACCGAGGGACGCAUUGCAGUACUAACCCAGCAUGAAGAUGCAACACGCAAAGUAAUCAUUAUUUAA